AUGGCUGACCGCAAAAGGAGUCAUGUCUGGCUGUAUUUUAGCUGUACAGACAGCAGUGACGCUAUGUGUGAUGUGUGUGGAAAGACAGUGAAAUACAGUGGUAACACUACAAACCUCGCUAAACAUUUGAGGUUAAAUCAUAAGAGUGAAUAUGAUGAUAUAAUGAAGCGGCGGUCUGAGGAGGAGGUCCAGGGUGAGAAGACGCCAAGAGCAGCAGCACUCACAAGGAGCCUGGGAGAGAUGAUUGUGAGGGACCUCCAGCCUAUGUCUGUAGUAGAAGAUGAGGGAUUCCAGGCAUUUGUAAAAGCUCUUGACCCAAGAUACAAACUCCCUAGCAGAAAGAAAAUGACUGAAACAUAUCUUGUUAAUAUGUUUGAUGAGUGCAAAGACAAAGUAAGAGCAACUUUGCAAAAUGCUCCAAGUGUUGUACUUACCACUGAUAUGUGGACUUCAGUGUCCACAGAGGCGUACUUGACUGUCACAUGUCAUGUAAUUGAGAAUUGGCAAACUAAAGAUUUUGUUUUGGAAACGGCGAUUUUCCAUGGACACACUAAGGCCACAGAGAAGCUUAGGGCUGUUCAACAGCAGAUGCAAAUAGCAGAACAUAAGUUGAUCCAGUCUGUAGAAACCCGCUGGAAUUCAGUUUUCUACAUGCUGGACAGGCUGCAUGAACAACAUGAAGCUGUGACCACAGUCCUCUGUCUUCUAGGCAGGAGUGAAUUGUGCAUUAAUGUGGGAGAAUUAUCACUCAUCACUCAAACUGUUGAUGCACUGAGGCCCUUUGAGGAAAUGACAAGGGAGGUAUCAUCAGAAAAAUAUGUUUCAGUCUCCAAAGUGAUUCCACUCGUGUCUCUUCUCCAAAGAGCCUGUAAGCAUCAGGGCAGCUCCGUUGCCACACAGCUGGCACAGCAAUGCCAGCGUAGAUUUGCAGGCAUUGAGACCAAUCACUCUCUAGCUGCUAGUACAUUUCUGGAUGCUAGGUUUAAACACCUUGGAUUUCAGGACAAAAACAAUGCUGAGGGAAUGAAAAACGACUUUCCUCUGAUGCCUAGCUCCCAGAGUCCUGAACUUGCCUCAGACUCAGCUGCAACAAAAGUAGGGUUAUGGGCAGAUUUUGACACGCAAGUUGCAUCUUCCCAACAUCACCGGUCAGCUACCACAGACGUAAUAAUUGAAAUGCGUCGUUACUCAGAGGAAAAACUGAUUCCCAGAGACAAGGAGGAUCCACUUGUUUGGUGGCAAGAGCAUCAUCAAACUUUCCCAGGCUUAAGCAAACUUGCUGUAAAGUACUUGGGAAUUGUUGCUACUUCUGUACCUGCAGAGCGGAUGUUUUCAAAGGCAGGGGAGGUAGUGAGCAAAAAACGGAACAGACUCAAGGGGAAAACUGUAAACAUGCUCUUAUUCCUAAACAAAAACCUGUGAAUAAGGACAGUUUUCA